AUGUCGAUAGCUCCGAUCAUCACCUUCAAAGCAGGUAUCUGCGAUCUGGAUACCUCUACCACUCCCGCUGCCGUGAAACCGAAACCUACCCCAGGUUAUGUUUACCUCUACUCCGAAGAUGAUCUUGUCCACUUCUGCUGGCGCUCGCGCAGCGCCUCGCUUGAUGAGCCUGAGCUUGACUUGGUGAUGAUUCCUUCAGAUGGUAGCUUCACUCCCUACCAGCCAUCUGGCAGGGACGCUACGAAUGGCCGCAUCUUCGUCCUAAAGUUCUCAUCCAGCUCUCAGCGAUAUCUCUUCUGGAUGCAGUCGCAGUCUCAACAUGAGGAUGGCGAUCUGAGCUGGUUCAGCCCUCGCGACCUGAAGCUUGGAGAGAUCGUCCAUGUCCUGCUGCAGGGUGAGGAGGUUGAUGUGGAGCACGAGAUCGCCAAUCUUCCAAGCCGGCCCUCUGGCGGUGAUGACGAUGAGACUAUGGAAGAUGUGGAAGGCACCGAUCAUGAUCCCAACCGCUAUCACAGCACAGGUAGCGGAGGCGCUGGCCCUGGUGCGACCGGCGGCGAUAUUCGUGAGGAAGGACAGGAAUCACGAGAGGGUGGUGCUGAUGGUGGACGAGCAGCAACAAGCGGGGAAGAUCCGGCGUCGGUUGUCCAGGACUUUUUGAAGUCACUGGGCGGCGGCCAGAGCCAGAGCCAAUCCCAAGAUCCCGAGCGACCAUCUACGACACUACAAGACCUACUCCCACCCUCCACCACAUUGCAAUUUAUCGAUUCCGUUGAUACCACUACUGCUGAUCAUCUAUUGAGCUUCUUGCCGCCCACGCUUCUUUUGCUGGCGCAGGGGAAUGCCGAGGCUUCGGAAGCUGACACGGACCCUGAACUUGCCCAAGCUGCUCUCCUGUCCCUCGAUCUCUCUCAGAAGAAAGAUAUUCUCCGAAAAGUGCUUCGUUCCCCCCAAUUCACUCAAAGUUUGGCUAGUCUUACCGUGGCUCUCCGUGACGGCGGGCUUCCUAGUAUCAGUGAGGCUUUGCAGAUCCCCGUGGCUAAUGGAGGGUUUAUGCGGAGAGGUGGAGUACCCCUUGGUGGUGGCGAUGCGGUAGAUGCGUUCCUAGAUGGUGUUCGGCAACACGUUAAAGAAAAGGAUUCGCAGAUGGACACCGAUUGA